AGAGUGUUGGGCUCAUGACUGGCCUUGAGGUUCAGAGGUCCUAGGAUUGUUACCACACCUUGGGGUGGCCAGGGAGGGUAUGGGAGGAGCCAGGAGAACAUCUGGGGUGCCAUGCCCUGAGUAAAGGUGAGCAUAAGAAACUGCUACCCUACUCAGAGCCCUGCCAAAGGUUCAAACUCCUUAGGAAUAAAGGUUAGAUUCACUCCCCUGGAACAAACACUCCAAUCAGUAAGAUUCUGCCUGAAGGUAGAAGAACAAGGAUUGGUGGUGGAAGAAGGAAGCCGUAGCCACAUGGCCUAUAGCCCUGUGACCGUAGCCCCCAUCUGUUUUUCUUUUCUUACUGCUGGAACCAUAUGGAAUAUUUCCCCUUCCUGCAUUUGAAAAAAUAAGAAUUAUUGUAUUUCAAUGUUUUCUCAUUCCCCCUUUCCUUCUCUUCAGUGCAGUAUAUUGAGAGCGGCUGAAUUUAUUCUAAGUUGCAGAAUGGUGAAGUGGGGUCCGGAUGGAACUGGGAAAGAAGUGGACACUCCUCAGGAGAUCCUGGACUCUGACCAGUGAGUGGCCUGUGACUUCACCAGUAGGAGCAGGACAUGCCCUUGGGCUGUGAUCCUCUAUCGAGGGGAGGAUGAGACUCAGCUCAGGAUAUCACCUCCUUCUAGAGGCCUUUCCUGUCAGCUGUCCCAGGAUGCAACACACACCCAUUCAGCUGGAUGAGGCUACAGACAAACGGAAGGCGCUGGAGGAGACCAUGUCCUUUACCACCCAGGCGCUGGCCAGCGUAGCCUACCAGGUGGGCAACCUGGCUGGGCACACUCUGCGCAUGUUGGACCUGCAGGCAGCCUCUCUGCGGCAGGUGGAAGCCCAUGUGAACACGCUGGGCCAGAUGGUGAACAUGCACAUGGAGAAGGUGGCCCGAAGGGAGAUUGGCACCUUAGCCAUGGUCCAGCGGCUGCUCCCCAGCCAGAAAGUCAUCGCUCCUGAGAGCCUACCUCCCCUCACACCCUACUACCGAAGACCCCUCAACUUUGGUUGCCUGGAUGACAUUGGCCAUGGGAUCAAGGAUCUGAGCACGCAGCUGUCGCGGACCGGGACCCUGUCUCGAAAGAGCAUCAAGGCGCCUACCGCACCCGCCUCCGCCACCCUGGGGAGACCUCCCCGGAUCCCCGAGCCGGUGCAGCUCCCAGUGGCGCCCGAUGGCAAACUGUCCGCAGCCUCAUCUGCCUCUUCCCUGGCCUCGGCCAGCAGCGCUGAAGGUGUUGGUGGGGUCUCCGUGACCAAGGGGCAGGCAGCGCCCCCACCUCUCUCCAGCACCAUGAUCCCACCUCCUCCAUCAGCCUCGGAUAUCUGCCUGCUGCCCCCUCCGAUGGAGGAGCUGUACCUGCCUCCUCUAGACCCAGAACUGCUCCAGCCCUUGGACCUGCCCCCUCCUCCACCCCUAGAUGUACAUGAACUGGAACUGCUGCCUCCACCUCCUCCAGGCUUUGGGCCAGAAGAGCCUAGCUGGGUCCCUGCUUCAUACUUGGCCAAAGUGGUGACACUGUACCCAUACACCCGCCAGAAGGACAAGGAGCUCUCCUUCUCUGAGGGCACCAUCAUCUGCAUCACCCGCCGCUACUCCAAUGGCUGGUGUGAGGGCGUCAGCUCAGAGGGGACUGGAUUCUUCCCAGGGAACUAUGUGGAACCCUGCUGCUGACAGCCUUGGGGCCUCUGGGCUGCUGACCCAG